UAACAAAGAUGGCAGCUAAAAUCACCUUCGUCUGUGCUUUGGCACUCUUCGGCCAGGCUGCCUACGCCCAGUACUUCCCGUCUGGAUCUUACGUCUCUGGCAACUCCAUUGUUGACAACGACAUCUUCAUCAAUGGUGCCGGCAGUGCUUAUGCCUCUGGCAGUGCUUACGCCUCUGGCUCUGGCAGCGCUUAUGGCUCUGGCAGCGCUUAUGCCUCUGGCUCUGGCCUCGCUGUUGGCGGUGGCAGUGCUUACGGCUCCGGUCUCGCUGUGGGUGGACUUGGCCUUUCAAGCGGACUUGGUCUUUCAAGCGGACUUGGCCUCUCAAGCGGACUGAGCCUUUCCAACAACCUUGGCACCAUUGGCGUCGCCGCUCCUGCCAUCAGCAGCGCCACUCUUGGCGGACUCUCAAGCUACAACAUCGUGUCUGGCGGUCCUUUGGCUGUCACUGCCAUCUCCCCCAUCGGUCCCAGCGGUCUUGCCGUCGCUUCUGAGAACGCCAUCGAAGGAAACCUGCUGGUGACCGGCCAGCUGCCGUUCCUGAGCGCUGUGGCCUUCGAAGGCGCCCUGCCCACUGCUGGGUCUGGUGUGGCCACUUGUGGAUGCGGUAGCGGACAGGUCGGCAUCGUCAGCGAAGGCUUCGGCCGCCCCUCCAUCUACUACUGA